AUGCGGAAACGGACAAUUACGUCGAGCGCAAGCGCUCUACUACUUCUCAUCGCUUCUCUCGCCAGUGCAAAACACAACGGGAUCCAUGAACACCUCGAAGUCCUCCACAAACGACAUCGCGCAAAUCGCGAACUGGCCACCAGGUCAACAAUUGAAGAUGGAGAGCAAGGGAUUGAAAUAAGAUCGGUUCCGGAAACUCCAGCACCUCCGGCCAGCUUGGAGAAGCGGCAAGCACAAUGCGCGUUUCCCACAGAUGCUGGAUUGGUUCCGGUCACCCCAGGAGAUGAGAAUGGUGGGUGGGCUAUGAGCCCAAACCAGCAGUGCACGCCAGGGACCUAUUGCCCGUACGCUUGCCCAGCAGGUCAAGUGUCUGUGCAAUGGGACCCCAGCGCGACAUCCUACACAUAUCCCAAGUCAAUGAACGGCGGAUUGUACUGCGACCAAAACGGCAACAUACAGAAACCAUUUCCCAACAAACCAUAUUGCCAGGCCACCAAUAGCAACAUCGGCGUCCAGAAUAAUGCAGGCGGAGUUGUGGCAUUCUGCCAGACAGUGCUUCCGGGAAAUGAAGCCAUGUUGAUUCCCACGUCCGUCACCGGUUUCGCCACUAUCGCAGUACCGGAUCCCAGCUAUUGGUGCGAAACCGCUGCGCACUAUUACAUUAACCCCCCGGGUAUCGAUACUGAUCAAGCUUGCGUAUGGGGUUCCAACACCAAUCCUUAUGGUAAUUGGUCCCCAUAUGUUGCCGGAGCCAAUGUCGAUUCCUCCGGGAAUACCUUCAUCAAGCUUGGGUGGAAUCCCAUCUACCUCGAACCGGCCACUCCUUUCCGCAAUCAAAUGCCAGAUUGGGGCGUAAAAAUUGACUGUCCCAAUGGCGGCUGCACAGGCCUUCCGUGCGCAAUCGAUCCGACUCAAAACAAGGUCAAUGAAAUGACCGGCGACUCGAGCAUCGGGGCAGGUGGUGGUGCUUUCUGCGUCGUAACGGUUGCAAAGGGUUCGAGCGCCAACUUCGUGGUCUUCAAUGCCGGCGGCGAUAGCAGCGACAGUGGCGGCAAUGGCGGCUAUUCAUCGUCAUCAUCCUCGGGUGGCAAGAAUGGAGGACAGUUCUUUCAAAGUACCAGCUCGUGGCAGUCACCCACGGCUUCAUCUCAAUCGUCAUCUUCUGGCGGAGCGCCGACCACUUCAACAGAAUCAACUUGGUCGUGGACCUCGUCGUCGGUCAUCGCAACAAGCUCUGUUCCUGCAGUAUCGGCUUGGACAGGGCCUCCUACCGCAACCCAUAACCCCUACAGACUACCAACUUACUCACCAUAUUACUCGUUGUUCAACCACACCACGUACGCAGCACCGACAGGGGCUAGCGAAGGAGCCAGCGAAACAACUGUCGAAGCCACAGCAGUACCGUCCGGGCCAUCUUCGUCAUCGCUCGCUCCGCUCUCGCCCGCCACUGGUGGCACCUCGACAUUCCGACUCUCCGUGGUCAGCCUGUUCUCGGCGUUAGCCGUUUCCGUGGCUGUCACACUAUAA